AUGGUACAGACUAUAUGUGUGAGCCCAAUGUUUUUAAGGAGUUCUGCUGCACAGGAAGCGUGUGACUGUCUUACUAAUGUUCUGGGUAAAAGUCCAUUAUUACUGACAGAACUGGAUCUGAGUGAAGAUAAAUUAGGAGAUCUGGAUGUAGAGAAACUCUCUGCUCUUCUGAUGGACUCUCAUAGCAAAGUGGAGAAAAUCAAGCUGAGUAAUUGUGAAAAGCUGACAGAGAAAAGCUGUUCAGUUCUAGCUACUGUUCUCUCCUCCAAAACCAUCCUGAAAGAGAUGAACCUGAACAACAGUCGUCUGUUGGACUCAGGAGUCAGAGAGAUCUGUAAAGGAUUAGGGAAUCGAAUGUGUGAGCUGAAGAUACUCAAUCUUUCAGACUGCAGUAUCAGUGAAGAAGGUUAUAAAGCUCUGGCUUCAGCUCUGAGAUCAAACCCUUCACACCUGAUAGAGCUGGAUCUCAGAGGAAAUGAUCCUGGACAAUCAGGAGUGAAGGAGCUCACUGAUUUACUACAGGAUCCACACUGUACACUGAAGACACUGAGGUUUUUGAGUCCUGCAGCAGAAGAAGUCUGUCAGUUUGUGACUGGAAUUGUGGGUGAAAACCCGUUACUCCUGAAAGAACUGAAUCUGAGUAAUCAUGAAUUAGGAGACACACAAGUGAAUCAACUCUCGGUUCUACUGAAGGAUAAACACUGUCGACUGACGACUCUGACUAUGUGGAUUUGCAAGAUUACAGCAGAAGGUUGUGCUUAUUUGACUUCAGCAUUUAAUUCAAAUCCUUCACACCUGAUAGAGCUCAAUCUGAGUGAAAAUAAACUAGAAGACUCUGGAGUAGUGAAAAUCUGCCCUCUGCUGAAAAAUACACAGUGCAGACUGGAGAAACUGAGUCUUUCAGACUGCAGUAUCAGUGAAGAAGGUUAUAAAGCUCUGGCUUCAGCUCUGAGAUCAAACCCUUCACACCUGAUAGAGCUGGAUCUAAGAGGAAAUGAUCCUGGACAAUCAGGAGUGAAGGAGCUCACUGAUUUACUGCAGAUUACAGAGUGUGCCCUGAAGACACUGAGUCUGAAUGACAGCACUAUCUCAGAGGAAGAUUGUCGUGUUCUGACUGCGGCUUUUAAUUCAAACCCAUCAAAUCUGACAGAGCUGAAUUUAAAUGGGACUCAACUCACAAACUCAGGAAUGAAGAGCUUCACCACUCUGUUUCAAAACCAACAGUGUAGACUGGAAAAGCUGAUGUUCAGCUGCAUCAGUAUUACAGCAGAAGGUUGUGCUGCUUUGACUUCAGCGUUUAGCUCAAACCCUUCACACCUGAUAGAGCUCAAUCUAAGUGGAAAUAAACUAGAAAACUCAGGAGUAACAGAAAUCUCCAAUCUACUGGCAAACUCACAGUGCAAGCUGAAGAUACUCAGUCUUUCAGACUGCAGUAUCAGUGAAGAAGGUUAUAAAGCUCUGGCUUCAGCUCUGAGAUCAAACCCUUUACACCUGAUAGAGCUGGAUCUCAGAGGAAAUGAUCCUGGACAAUCAGGAGUGAAGGAGCUCACUGAUUUGAUUCCAGAGUGUGCACUGAAAACACUGAGGUUUUUGAGUCCUGCUGCUGAUGAAUUCUGUCAGUUUGUGACUGGAAUUGUGGGUAAAAACCCGUUACUCCUGAAAGAACUGAAUCUGAGUGAUCGUGAACUAGGAGACACCCGAGUGAAUCAACUCUCUGAUCUACUGCAGGAUAAACACUGUAAACUUCACACACUUCAGCUGAAUAAUAACAGGAUUACAGCAGAAGGUUGUGCUUAUUUGACUUCAGCAUUUAAUUCAAAUCCUUCACACCUGAUAGAGCUCAAUCUGAGUGGGAAUAAACUAGAAGACUCUGGAGUAGUGAAAAUCUGUCCUCUGCUGAAAAAUACACAGUGCAGACUGGAGAAACUGAGUCUUUCAGACUGCAGUAUCAGUGAAGAAGGUUAUAAAGCUCUGGCUUCAGCUCUGAGCUCAAACUCUUCACACCUGAUAGAGCUGGAUCUCAGAGGAAAUGAUCCUGGACCAUCAGGAGUGAAGAAGCUCACUGAUUUACAACAGGGUGAUUGCUGUGAACUAAAAACCAUCAGGUAA